GGAGCUCCAGGUGGCUCCUCCUCUCCCGAGGGAAGGGGGCCCUGGCCCAGCGGGCAGGCCUGCUGUACUCCCGCACUGGGGCUGCAGGGAAGCUGGCCACUGUGGGCGGUCUCAGGCCAGCCCCGCCCCACCUGUCCUUUUCCUGGAGACUAUUAGUCCAGGGUUUGUCCCUGCGGUGCCAUUGGCCUGGCAGGCUGGAUCGAGGAGGAAGUGGCUGAUUUCUGAGUAGUUCUUCCUCUCCUGGCUUGGGCCGCUGUGCACAGCUGUGCCCCUGGCUCAGCCCCGCCCCCUGUGGCCCUCCGCUGUGACUUCCCCAUCCCUACAGAGAGAUGCUGUCCUGUGGGGCUGUGGUGAGAAGUCAAUCAGACGAGGCAUGUGAACGCCAUUAUAGCACAGCACCCGGCAUCCAGCAGGACCCACUCGCUGACAGCUGUCACCGCCAUCAUUGUCAUUAGUGUGGGCCAGGGAGAGCUGUGUAAAAGCAGCUGGUGGAGGAGGAAGAGAUGCCCUACUAGCUGCACCUCCUCAUUCCCUGCGCCCCCUUCCUCUCCGGAAGCCCCCAGGAUGGUGAGGUGGUUUCACCGAGACCUCAGUGGGCUGGAUGCAGAGACCCUGCUCAAGGGCCGAGGAGUCCAUGGCAGCUUCCUGGCUCGGCCCAGUCGCAAGAACCAGGGUGACUUCUCGCUCUCUGUCAGGGUGGGGGAUCAGGUGACCCAUAUUCGGAUCCAGAACUCAGGGGAUUUCUAUGACCUGUAUGGAGGGGAGAAGUUCGCGACGCUGGCAGAGCUGGUGGAGUACUACACUCAGCAGCAGGGCGUCCUGCAGGACCGCGACGGCACCGUCAUCCACCUCAAGUACCCGCUGAACUGCUCCGAUCCCACCAGCGAGAGGUGGUACCAUGGCCACAUGUCUGGAGGGCAGGCAGAGACGCUGCUGCAGGCCAAGGGCGAGCCCUGGACGUUUCUGGUGCGUGAGAGCCUCAGCCAGCCCGGAGACUUUGUGCUAUCUGUGCUUAGUGACCAGCCCAAGGCUGGCCCAGGCUCCCCGCUCAGGGUCACCCACAUCAAGGUCAUGUGUGAGGGUGGACGCUACACAGUGGGUGGUUCAGAGACCUUCGACAGCCUCACGGACCUGGUGGAGCACUUUAAGAAGACGGGGAUUGAGGAGGCCUCAGGUGCCUUUGUCUACCUGCGGCAGCCGUACUACGCCACGCGGGUGAAUGCGGCUGACAUUGAGAACCGAGUCUUGGAACUGAACAAGAAGAAGGAGUCCGAGGAUACAGCCAAGGCUGGCUUCUGGGAGGAGUUUGAGAGUUUGCAGAAGCAGGAGGUGAAGAACUUGCACCAGCGUCUGGAAGGGCAGCGGCCAGAGAACAAGGGCAAGAACCGCUAUAAGAACAUUCUGCCCUUUGACCACAGCCGAGUGAUCCUGCAGGGACGUGACAGUAACAUCCCUGGGUCCGACUAUAUCAAUGCCAACUACAUCAAGAACCAGCUGCUAGGCCCUGAUGAGAACACUAAGACCUACAUCGCCAGCCAGGGCUGUCUAGAGGCCACGGUCAACGACUUCUGGCAGAUGGCGUGGCAGGAGAACACCCGCGUCAUCGUCAUGACCACCCGAGAGGUGGAGAAAGGCCGGAACAAAUGUGUCCCAUACUGGCCCGAGGUGGGCACUCAGCGCGUUUAUGGGCCCUACUCUGUGACCAACUGCGGGGAGCAUGACACGACCGAAUACAAACUCCGCACCUUACACGUCUCCCCACUGGACAAUGGGGACCUCAUUCGGGAGAUCUGGCAUUACCAGUACCUGAGCUGGCCCGACCAUGGGGUCCCCAGUGAGCCUGGGGGUGUCCUCAGCUUUCUGGACCAGAUCAACCAGCGGCAGGAAAGUCUGCCUCAUGCAGGGCCCAUCAUCGUGCACUGCAGCGCCGGCAUUGGCCGCACGGGCACCAUCAUUGUCAUCGACAUGCUCAUGGAGAACAUCUCCACCAAGGGCCUGGACUGUGACAUUGACAUCCAGAAGACCAUCCAGAUGGUGCGGGCGCAGCGCUCGGGCAUGGUGCAGACAGAGGCGCAGUACAAGUUCAUCUACGUGGCCAUCGCCCAGUUCAUUGAAACCACCAAGAAGAAGCUGGAGGUCCUGCAGUCGCAGAAGGGCCAGGAGUCGGAGUAUGGGAACAUCACCUACCCCCCAGCCAUGAAGAACGCCCAUGCCAAGGCCUCCCGCACCUCGUCCAAACACAAGGAGGAUGUGUAUGAGAACCUGCACAGUAAGAACAAGAGGGAGGAGAAAGUGAAGAAGCAGCGGUCAGCAGACAAGGAGAAGAGCAAGGGUUCCCUCAAGAGGAAGUGAGCGGCGCUGUCCUCAGGUGGCCAUGCCUCAGCCCUGAACCUGCGGAAGCCUUCCACGGUGGACAGACUCACAACCUGAACCUAGGAGCGCCCCAUUCUAUUGUAAUUUAAAUGGCUGCAUCCCCCCCCACCUCUCCUUGACCCUGUAUAUAACCCAGCCAGGCCCCAGGCAGGGCCAACCCUUCUCCUCUUGUAAAUAAAGCCCUGGGAUCACUGUGUGUCACCUCUGAA